AUGCUGGACAAUAACCAAAUAUUACAAACAAGAACUCAUAUCAGAGCAACUAAGCCUAGGAGAGAAAAUGAGAAUAAUCAGGAUUUGAUUCCGUUGCUAACUAGUCACUUUGACUUUUGUUUACAUGGAAAGGAGAUCAAACAAAUGCCACCGAGGUGGGAUCCACUACGCGCUAUCGACGCUCCAUCAUUUGGGAAAAAGAAAGAUCCAGCAAACGAUGACUCGGAAGAUGAUGAUGAUUUGGAGCUUGGGUCCGUGGAAGGGUUUAUCUACAAGACAUUGGAAGAUUUUUGGCGCUUCGUUGAACACAAGGAAAAAGCAAUUCUCAACUGUUAUGAAGCAUCAUCCAUCAUAGACGAUGACAUUGUAGUGAUGAUAUUUUAUGAUGCACUCUUUAUCGUCGAGCUCUUAUUGAGGAACUAUGAGAAGGAAAAUGCACAAGAGUUGGGAAUUAAAGACUUCUUAUUAAAAGGAACGUGGUCAGCUGGUCUUCGGAGGGACUUGCUCUUACUUGAAAAUCAGAUCCCUUUCUUUGUGCUUGAAGAACUAUAUAAGUUAUACUGUAACUUCCCUCGUGAAGACAAAUUUGAUUCUUGUGCUGCCCCUGCCUCUGCUUUUCCCUUUCUUUAUCAUGCUUGCCUCUACUUUGAUAUUCCAUGGGAUAAAAGGUUCGAGGAUGCAGAAAUCCUACACUUCACCGGUUUGUUGAGAUGCCAUCUGGUUAAAAAUUGCGCAUCAAAUUCAGAUCCAUCCAUGGCCCAAAAAAGAAAAACUGAAUCAGUGUAUAGUGCGACAAUGUUGCAGGACGCUGGUGUUGAGCUUAAACCAGUAGAUGAUCAAAGUGCAAGCUGGCUCGAUAUAAAAUUUGAAGGGAAAGAGCUUAAAAUCCCCAAAUUGAAUGUGCACUCGAACACGGAAGCUUACAUUCGCAACGUGAUGGCCUUGGAGAUGUGCCACUAUCCAGGUGAAACCUAUGUUUGUGCUUACAUAGAACUAAUGAAUUAUCUCAUUAGAUCUGACAAAGAUGUAGAUUUGUUAAUGGAAAAGGGGGUUUUAAGCAACGACGGAAUAAACGAGGGAAUUAUCGUUAGCAGAAUAAAUCCCAGUAAAGCAUUGGCAGGUAUGAUUAAGAAACUUAUGCAGGGAGUAGGCGAGCCUGCUGCUUGCUACCGGGAAACAGGGAGACGAUUAAACAAAUAUUACAAAAAUGCUCGGAAGCACGUAAUAGCAACAUUCUGCAAGGAGAAUCUAGCAAUUCUGAAGCGUGUGUAUUUCACCAAUCUUUGGCGAGGAACUGGAACUGUCGCUGCUUUUAUGGUGGUUGUGCUCACUCUCAUUCAAACCGUGUUGACAUUUCUUAAAUGA